GGCUGGACAUCGAAUCAGGUGGGUCUUCUCCAUUUCAAGCUGGACAUCGAAUCAGGUGGGUCUUCUCCAUUUCCUCCUCCUUCCCAGUAUCUCUGGCUUUCCGUCCUUGUCUUUAGAGUGGGACACCGAAUCAGAGAAUCAGAUGGGUCUUCUCCAUUUCCUCCUGUAGGUUUCACAUCAGGUGGGUCUUCUCCAUUUCCUCCUGUAGGUUACAGAUCAGAUGGGUCUUCUCCAUUUCCUCAUGUAGGUUACAUAUGGUGGGUCUUCUCCGUUUCCUCCUGUUUCACAUCAGGUGGGUCUUCUCCAUUUCCUCCUGUAGGUUACAGAUCAGAUGGGUCUUCUCCAUUUCCUCAUGUAGGUUACAUAUGGUGGGUCUUCUCCGUUUCCUCCUGUUACAUAGAGUAUAUGUGGGUUGAGUGUAUACUCUCAAUCUGUGAAGGUGUUUUGAUGGUUGAGUGUAUACUCCCAAUCUUUGAAGGUGUUUUGCCAGGCAAUCCGUCCUCGGCAACGGCUUCGAUUCCUGGCCAGUCGGUUAUAUCGGAGAGUCCACUGUCCACUGUUUCUAACCAGUCGGCUAUGUCGGAGAGUGCCACUGUUUCUCCUUUGUUCGAGCUUUAA